AUGCAACUCUCCAAGAUUACUCUCGCCAUUGCAUUUUAUGCAGUCGGAAUCGCAGCCCUUCCCACUCCGGCCUGCCGGAAUGGUAACACUAAGGGCGCAACCGUCCGCGGCGCUAAACUUGAGGCCCGCGGCGACGACGACUAUCUUCAUUAUUGCUCAAGAUGCGGCUUCGGCAGCGAUGAUUCCAACGCGUAUUUCAACCACAAGUGCAGCUAA